AUGGCAAUAGCAUCAGAGUAUAUAGCAUCUGACCAGGUUUAUGUCUACAGUUGUUCAAAGUGUGAGGAACAUGACUUAAACAUCGAGGCCCAGCACUUCUGUCCAGAGUGUGAACACUAUCUGUGUGACAAGUGUGUGAAGCAACAUAAUGAAUAUCAUAGCAAACAUAUGGUGUAUGGGCGAAGUGACAUUCAGAAAUGGGCGGUGUUUUCGAUAGACAGAUGUGACCAACAUGGCAAAGAGUUGGAGGUCCACUGUGAUGACCAUCAGGAACUUUGCUGCCAUGUUUGUGUGGCACUCAACCACAGGCAGUGUAGCAGCAUCAGUCACCUGCCUGACAUGGCCAGAGGCUUUUUGAAAACAAAAGAGUUCACCCAGCUGCCAGCAGCAGUGGACAAGAUGAGCCGCAGGCUAGAUGAACUCAAGAAUGUCAGGACGAAAGAUCAAGCCUCACUGAAUGACCUGCACAAAGCGUUUUGGGCUGAAAUAAAGUCUUUCCGCAAAGAGAUAAACAACAUCUUAGACCAGCUUGAGAAGAAGGCAGUUGAAGAGUUGAAUAGCAUGAUAAAGGAUUUGGAAAAGGGUGUAAAAGAUGAUGUUGAAAAAUGUGCCCAGAUGCAUGACCAAAUAAAAACCAUGAUGAAAAAAGUCCAAUUGAUGUCAGACAAACACAAGGAGACCAAUUCCUACAUUGGGUACAAAAGAUGCCAGGGUCAGCUGACAAAAGGUGAAGGUGUGAUAUAUGAGAUAGAAGCAAGACCAAAACCAAGAGUAUUGUUUUUCCCAAAGAGAAAGAUUGACACUUUCCUUAAAGGCUUGGACAAUUUAGGAAACACAGUUUGUACAAAUGUGUACAGCUGUAUUUCUGUAAAGGAGGUUUAUGUAUUAAGGUUUAUGGAUGACAGCUUUUUUACAGGUAUAUGUGAGAUGCCCAAUGGAGACAUAGUCUUUACAGACUCUCUAAGUAAGAGCGUGGUGCUUCUGAACAGCCAAUACAAGGUCAUUGAUCGCUGUUAUCUUCCUGGUUGUAUAGAUUGCUUGUGUCAUACCGUUGGCAAUGAAGUAUGUGUAGCAGUCUUUAUAGAGGGAGUUUUUACCAAAAAGUCGGAAAUCCACUUUCUAAAAGUGACCAAAGGGAAGCAAAAGAAAGUGAGAAAGUUCACCAUAGACCAGAGGUGCAACUCAAUUGCCCACCACCAGGGCCAGUUGUAUGUAAUCUAUGGCAACAACCUCUACCAGUACACUGUGUAUGGAGAACUUGUUGAUAUGAUAUAUGAACAACAGAAUGUUAACACCUGUGCUGUUAGUCCUGAUGGGGAAAGAAUUUAUGUAACAAGUCUCUCUGCACAAAGAUUGCUUACACUUGAUAAGAGUGGUCAGGUAUUAUCUACAUUAGAAGACCCAGAACUAAAGGAUCCCUAUGGAGUAUGUGUCAACCUCAGUGGUUAUGUGUUUGUGUGUGGGAUGGGGUCUCACACUGUGUUACAGGUGGACAGGAAUGGCAGACAUAAGCUGGCCACAGUGGCCAAGAGGGCUGAUGGCUUGCAUUGUCCUGGGUCAGUGUCCUUCAGUGAACAAACCUCCAGCGUCCUUGUUGGGGCAUCAUCACAGUGGUAUUGCUGUAAAGUUAUGCUGAUGCAUAUGUAGAUAACAAAAUAUGCUUAAAAUUUAUGCAGUUUGCAUUGCAGUCAACAAACUGAUAGACUGAGAUAUUCUGGGCAAAGCAUAACUGUGUGU